AAUUUAGACGACUGAAAAAGCAAGGAGUCAACAAAGGUGGCUCCUCCGUCUCCUAUCUCGACUGUACAAAGGUGGCUCCUCUGCCUUAUCGCUUCGGUUUUUCAUCCUCCACAGCCUUAUCGCGUCCGAUUCUUUUAUCCGUGAAUCCGAAGGCCUUGCCGGACCUUCAAUCAGCUAUUUGAAGCCUCGGGUUGAAGUUCUCAGGAGCUGUUGGACUUUCAACUCCCUGUCGGGCUUUUUCUCCAUUGUCAAUUUGCUGAACCUCAUCGAAGCAUUGGGUUGACUUUCAUUAUGACAGUCGAAAGAUUAGAGCACUUGAGCCCUUGAAGUCAAAAGAUUAAAGUACAGGCUUUGUGUUUCUAUCUCUCUUCCUAUCCGAGUUAUACAUCAUGGCUUUGGUGUAAUUGAUACGGAAUCCUGGCUGAAUAUUUAGGUUCUGUGGGAUACGGGUUUCUGUUAAUGUAUCUCCCUUUCUGGCCGUGCCUAGUAGUAACUAACAGAACUUAGCGAUGCUUUCGUUAUCAUUUAGUUCUCGAAAAUGGAAAUCAAGUACAUUAUCUUGUUGAGAAUGGAUUUUGUGGUGUUAAUUCUGUUGCUAUUGGUGCAACUGCCAAGACUGUUUGCCUCUGAAUUUGUCCAGACAAAGGUUUGUGGUGCUGAUCGCUUAGCCUAUUCAUAUUCUAAUGGCUAUGAACUGUUUUACAUAAAUAGGGAUGCGGUUGACAAAGCUUUGUUUUGUGAGGCCCUCCACUAUUAUCAUGCAAAUGGUUGCAUAUUCGAGGAAUACCUUGCAAUUAAUCACUGUGAAUUGGACCUUUCAUCAGCUGAAUUGGUCGUUAAGAUGGGAAGAAAACUUUUGCAAGUGGAUGCAACAAAAAAAGCGACAGUCCACUCUCCGAUGAAUGAUCACCAUAAGCCCAAAGCUAUGCCAUACCCAACAAUAGUUGGCUUGGCAACAACUGGAGGUUUGGUUGUGUGUUGCAUUUUUCUCUGCACCUGCUUUCAGAGGAAAAGGAAAGCAACCACCGCCCACACUGUUCUUGCUAAGGACCCACACUCAACGGAUUCGAUUUCUUCUGCUGAUGUAAAUCCUGCUCCUGAAAAGAUUCCAGCCAGUCCAUAUCGGUUGCCAAUACCGCCUAGCCCUAGAUUUUCAUUGUCUCCAAAACUAACUAGACUGGGAUCAUUACAUCUCACAUUGAAUCAGGUUUCCAGAGCAACCAACAAUUUCUCACCAUCAUCACGAAUUGGUGAAGGAGGCUUUGGAACUGUCUACAAGGCCCAGCUAGAAGGUGGCCUGGUGGUUGCCAUUAAACGAGCGAAGAAGGAACUCUUUGAGAAUCUGCGAAAUGAAUUCAGUAGUGAAAUUGAACUUCUGGCCAAAAUAGAUCAUCGGAAUCUGGUGAAAUUACUAGGUUAUAUUGACAGAGGAAAUGAACGCCUUAUCAUCACAGAGUAUGUGCCAAACGGUACUCUAAGAGAACAUUUGGAUGGUCAGCGUGGAAGAAUCCUGGAUUUCAAUCAACGACUUGAAAUUGCCAUCGAUGUUGCUCAUGGACUUACUUAUCUCCAUUUAUAUGGAGAGAAGCAAAUUAUCCAUCGAGACGUGAAAUCAUCCAAUAUUCUUCUCACAGAGAACAUGAGAGCCAAAGUGGCCGAUUUUGGAUUCGCAAGGCUUGGUCCAGUGGAGUCUGAUCAAACACAUAUUUCUACCAAAGUGAAGGGGACAGUUGGUUACCUAGAUCCUGAGUACAUGAGGACCUAUCAACUCACCCCCAAGAGUGAUGUUUACUCAUUUGGUGUUUUACUUAUAGAGAUUCUGACAAGCCACCGUCCUGUGGAUUUGAAGAGAUCUGUUGAAGAGCGGGUGACACUUAGAUGGGCCUUUAAUAAGUACAGUGAAGGAAGAGUGGUGGAAUUAGUGGAUCCUUCAAUGGAAGAAGUCGUAGAUGCAGAGAUACUCAUGAAAAUAUUUUCUCUGGCAUUCCAGUGUGCAGCACCGGUUCGAGCUGAUCGCCCGGACAUGAAAUCAGUUGGAGAGCAUUUGUGGGCAAUAAGGGCGGACUACCUCAAGAGUGCAAGGAGAGGGCAAUGAUCGAAGUUUCUGAGAGUCGUGUUUUGUAAAUCAGUUGUGGUUUUUCUUCAGCUACCCCGUAAAGCAUAAUUUUCUUCCUUUGAAAAAAAGUUUCUUUUCUUUCUUCUUUUUUGCUCUUGCUUUAUCCUUCAUUCUUGGACCUAUGUUAGAAUGUGUGUUAUAUUUCAACUUGUCAUUGCAAAGCAGUGCCUUACUGUGAGGAGCAUUGAAAGGAAAAAGGAAGGACAUUUGCUUCUUCAACUUUCCUUUGCUGUCGUAAGAAUCAAUAACUAGUCUCGUGUAACACUUUGCAGGUAAAGCAGGCUUAAACAGCAUUAUAGACAAGGUUAGGUAGCACUAUCAAAGCAUCUUGUUAAUAUGGAGUUUUUGUGCAUUUUCGA